GUGAUAUUCUGUACCAGACGAAAAUGGCGUCGCCUGUCUUUCUUGGUUUUGACUUAAGCACGCAACAACUAAAGGCUUUAGCCAUCGAUAACGACCUGAAUAUAAUACACGAGACGUCUGUGCACUUCGAUAAUGAUUUCCCAGAGUAUAAGACGCAAGGAGGAGUGCACAAACAUGAAGAUAACUUGACAGUGACUGCUCCUUGUUUGCUGUGGGUCCAAGCUUGGGACCUGUUGUUUGAUAGAAUGAAGUGUAAAGGGUUCGAUUUUAAGUCUGUCGUAUGUAUGUCAGGCACAGGACAACAGCAUGGGAGUGUUUAUUGGAAGAAAGGAGCUAAGGAAGUGUUGAAGUUUCUCAAAAGUGGAGACUCUUUUUAUGACCAAUUGAAGGAUUGUUUUGCAGUCCUAGACUCUCCUAUCUGGAUGGACUCUAGUACCAGUACUCAGUGUCACUCACUCGAAAAAGCUGUCGGGGGUCCCAAGAGACUUGCUGAGAUAACUGGCUCUAGGGCAUAUGAGCGUUUCACUGGCAACCAGGUGGCAAAGAUUUUCCAAACUCAGCCUAAGGUUUACGACCAGUGUGAAAGGAUAUCUUUGGUUAGCAGUUUUGCUCCCAGCCUUCUGAUUGGUGAAUAUGCACCUAUCGAUUACAGUGAUGGGUCGGGAAUGAACCUUAUGAAUAUUGAAACUAAAGACUGGGAGGAUAAAUGUUUAGAGGCCUGUGCCCCACAUCUAAGACAAAAACUUGGCCCUCUUACUUCUUCCUGUUCACAAGUAGGAAAUGUCUCCAAAUACCUUGUGGAUCGUUUUGGAUUUUCUCCUGAUUGUAAAGUUGUUGCUUUCACUGGUGAUAACCCAGCAUCCCUUGCAGGCAUGAGGCUUGGUGAAGGAGACAUUGCUGUUAGUCUGGGCACCAGUGAUACUCUGAUGUUGUGGCUGAAGACUCCUCGACCUGCUCUAGAAGGGCAUAUAUUUGUCAACCCAGUUGAUACAAAUGCAUACAUGGCUCUACUUUGCUUCAAGAAUGGCUCACUCACCAGAGAAUCAAUCAGAAAUUCAUGCUCCAAUGGAUCUUGGGAACAAUUUGACGAGGCUCUCAACUCUACCACAACCGGUAACCAUGGAAACAUUGGCAUAUACUUUGAAGUGAAAGAAAUUACUCCAUUUGCUGAUGGGAUUCACAGGUUUUCAGAAAACAAUGACAAGGUAGAGUCAUUUCCAAAGGAUGUGGAGAUAAGAGCACUGAUUGAAGGACAAUUUAUGGCUAAGAGAGCACAUGCUGAACUUCUGGGAUAUAGUAUUGGUCCUGGGUCAAGAGUUCUUGCAACAGGAGGAGCAUCUUCAAACAAAUCCAUCCUUCAAGUGCUUGCCGAUGUGUUCAAUGCCCCUGUUUAUACCAUUAAAGACACGGCUAAUUCAGCUUGCUUGGGGUGUGCAUACCGUGCCAAACAUGGAUGGCUUGGACCUGAUCACUCCUUCAAGGAAGCAGUCUCUAAUGCGCCAGCCUACCAACUGGCAGUCAAGCCAAGAGCAGACGCACAUGAGAUAUACACUCCUUUAACUUCUAGAUACAUUGCCUUGGAAAGAAGUAUUACUACAGAAUCGUAGAUUAAGGACCGCAUCAGAAAUUAUACAAAAAUUUGGAAAUCUUUAAAUGAUAGAUAGAUAAUUUAUAUUUUAACAUACAAUACAUAUACAAAAUCAGUAUAGCAGUAUUUCAAAAAUAUUUUUUCUUAUUAAGCAAUCUUGCGCAAGAUUGCGCAAGAAUUGUCUUGCAUUUCCUGAUUUUCACGAUGAUAAAUUAUGGUGCGCGAAGUUGCGCGCAAUCGUGUUAUAUCUCUACACCUGACGUACAACUAAUCACGAGCUCGAAAUUUUUUUUGCAUAUCAUGGGUGACCACGCGUUGACGUCGAGAAAGAAGCGCCAGGAAACCUCUGAUAAUCACGAUAAAUGAGUGACGUUGCGCACUAUAAAUUUCUUUUGCGCCAGAUUGCUUCCUAUGUUUGUGCGCUUCAGGACUAGGAAACCACGACUCGUACUUCAAAUAUAUCUCGAGAGAUAACUGCGUGCGACUGCGCAAAGAGUUUAAACAAAUCUGUGCAAAGUUGCGCAAAGCAAUCUUUUUCAAUUGCCCAAAUCAGACAAGUAUCCAGCAACGAUGUGCGCGGCAAAUUCAAAGAGCGAUUUCUGUGAUGCCUAUAUCUUUUCGACCAGCAUACACGCAAUUCACUUUUCGAUCUUUAAGUGUAAGAAAAGUAAGAAAAAUAAAUUAUUGUAAGUAAAUAGCGAAAUGAGUUUUAUAAACUUUAGAAAGAAAUCGAUUUUGGUAAUUUGUAACAAGUCGGUUUGAGAAUUUUUGAAUAAAAUAGAAGAUUUCAGUGUCAAAA